GGCGCCCUGCCCUCUCUCCGCCUUAUUUCCGCCCUCCCCCGCCGCCUUCCGGCCGCUUCCCACCUGCUGCGCUCCAUGUUCUUCUCCUAACACUCUUGCUCCGUCGACCGCCGCAGGUCUAGGCCGCCCGCCUGCCCUCCCGGCCCUGCGGCCCUUGUCGAGACUCGCGUCCCGUCUGGAGGCUCUGGGACGACGCCCCGACUGCUGGGAACUGCAACCAUGAAUGAAGAAAACAUAGAUGGAACAAAUGGAUGCAGUAAAGUCCGAACUGGUACUCAGAAUGAAGCGGCAUUACUUGCUUUGAUGGAAAAGACUGGUUACAACAUGGUUCAAGAAAAUGGGCAGAGGAAAUUUGGUGGUCCUCCUCCAGGUUGGGAAGGUCCGCCUCCACCUAGAGGCUGUGAAGUUUUUGUAGGAAAAAUACCUCGUGAUAUGUAUGAAGAUGAGUUAGUUCCUGUAUUUGAAAGAGCUGGGAAGAUAUAUGAAUUUCGACUUAUGAUGGAAUUUAGUGGUGAAAAUCGAGGUUAUGCUUUUGUGAUGUAUACUACGAAAGAAGAAGCCCAGUUAGCCAUCAGAAUUCUUAAUAAUUAUGAGAUUCGACCAGGGAAGUUUAUUGGUGUGUGUGUAAGCUUGGAUAACUGCAGAUUAUUCAUUGGAGCUAUUCCAAAGGAAAAGAAGAAGGAAGAAAUUUUGGAUGAAAUGAAGAAAGUUACAGAAGGAGUUGUAGAUGUCAUCGUUUAUCCAAGUGCAACUGAUAAGACCAAAAAUCGGGGUUUUGCAUUUGUUGAAUAUGAAUCUCACAGAGCUGCUGCUAUGGCUAGGAGAAAGCUAAUUCCAGGCACCUUCCAGCUCUGGGGCCAUACUAUUCAGGUGGACUGGGCUGACCCAGAGAAGGAGGUUGAUGAGGAAACCAUGCAGAGAGUUAAGGUUCUCUAUGUACGAAAUUUAAUGAUCUCAACUACAGAGGAAACAAUUAAAGCCGAAUUCAAUAAAUUCAAACCUGGUGCAGUUGAACGAGUAAAGAAACUUAGAGAUUAUGCUUUUGUUCACUUUUUCAACCGAGAUGAUGCUGUGUCUGCUAUGUCUGUUAUGAAUGGAAAAUGCAUUGAUGGAGCAAGUAUUGAGGUAACACUGGCAAAACCAGUAAAUAAAGAAAACACUUGGAGACAGCAUCUUAAUGGUCAGAUUAGCCCCAAUUCUGAAAACCUGAUUGUGUUUGCUAACAAAGAAGAGAGCUACCCAAAAACUCUAGGCAAGCCACUAACUCUUCCAGCUCGUCUCAAUGGCCAGCAUAGCCCAAGCCCCACUGAAAUUGAAAGAUGCGCUUACCCAUUUUAUCCUGGAACAAAGCUUACUCCAAUUAGUAUGUAUUCUUUAAAAUCUAAUCAUUUCAAUUCUGCAGUAAUGCAUUUGGAUUAUUACUGCAACAAAAAUAAUUGGGCACCACCAGAAUAUUAUUUAUAUUCAACAACAAGUCAAGAUGGGAAAGUACUCUUGGUGUAUAAAAUUGUCAUUCCUGCUAUUGCAAAUGGAUCCCAGAGCUACUUCAUGCCAGACAAACUCUGCACUACGUUAGAAGAUGCAAAGGAACUGGCGGCCCAGUUUACAUUACUUCAUUUGGACAGGGAACACAGUCUCUUCAGCCUGGACCUAUGUAGAAGAAUUUGGAGAAAAUAAGCAGGUCCUUUCUGAUGUUGCUUGAGCUUAUUCUCCUGCAGUUGAUCUCAUUCCUGUUGGCUUAAUAUUAAGUCCAUGACAACACUAAGUUAACGCUCACGUUUUAGGCCUCAUUUAUAGUACCAGGGAAAUACAGAAAAAAUUUUACCUGUACAUUAGAUGACUUAAUUUCUUCCACUCCUAGAAACACCAUAAGUUAUAUAAAUAAUCAUUUUAUAGUCAUUUUCACACCCUUGGCUUACUCUACACUAAAGAACAUAGUGAGUUUUUGGAAAGUGCAGGAUUUACAAAUUUGGCCUUUAAUACUCACACACAUCCAUAAACAUAAUUAAUGAAGCAAGAAAUUAUUGGUACAGAAGAUGAAUGUUU